GCUCUGAGGCCGAUGCGUCGAUCACUCCCUGUUACUUGUGGCUUCAACGUUCGCCAAAAUACACGCGCUCCAAACCGCUAAUAACUCUGCGCUCGCCGCAGCCCCUCCUCAGCUCCAUCGCCAGCGUUCCGUCUCUCCCUUUCCAUGCUGGGCUGCGGCACAGAAGGGGUUAACCCAGAGUCCGGAAAGGAUUGUCAGGGACGUCACUGAGCGACUCCUGAACGAGAUUUUUAAAUAGUAGCUGAGUGUCUGUUCCCCCCGGGGGGCGCUGGAGGGAGAGAAGGACGCAAACCUCUUCUUCUUCUUCUCCGGGAUUGAGCUGCGGAAUCGGGAACACCUGGCGUGUAAGGACGGCGACUCUCCGGGGCGAGCGGUUAAAGUGGAUUAUAUUCUAUGGUGGGGUGGAGGAUGAGCGGCCAGUGAUGUCGUGCCGGUUUUACCCCAGAUAGACCUCCGGCCUCCUCCCGCCAUGUCCCGGUUAUGGUUGCCGUCCCUCUGGAUACCGACCCUCUCCAUCCUCCUGCUUCACCUCUCCGCCCCCCGAGUGCGGGCCGAGGAUCGGGAGACGGACGAUCAGUGUCAGAGGAAGGAGCACCCCAUCCUCAGCUUCCCAGAACUCAGACCCUGGCUGAGCAACUUCACCUACGGGGACGUCCAGGACUUCUCCCAGCUGGCCCUGGACCCCAACCGCAACCAACUCAUCGUAGGAGCCAGGAACUACCUCUUCAGACUCAGUCUCUUCAAUGUCUCCCUCAUACAGGCGUCGGAGUGGAGUUCGGAUGAAGAUACCCGCCGGUCCUGUCAGAGUAAAGGGAAGACGGAGGAGGAAUGUCAGAACUACGUCCGAGUCCUGAUUGUGACGGGGAAGAGAGUGUUCACCUGCGGGACCAACGCCUUCUCACCGGUGUGCACCAGUCGCCAGGUGGGGAACAUCAGCCGCGUCAUCGAGAAGAUAAACGGCGUAGCCCGCUGCCCGUACGACCCUCGCCACAACUCCACCGCCGUCAUCACCUCCAGGGGCGAGCUGUACGCCGCCACCGUCAUCGACUUCUCCGGCCGGGACCCGGCCAUCUACCGCAGCCUGGGGAGCGUCCCCCCCCUCCGCACUGCGCAGUACAACUCCAAGUGGCUGAACGAACCCAACUUCGUGGCCGCCUACGACAUCGGCCUGUUCACCUACUUCUUCUUCCGGGAGAACGCGGUGGAGCACGACUGCGGCAAGACGGUGUACUCGCGGGUGGCAAGGGUCUGCAAGAACGACUUUGGGGGGCGCUUCCUGCUGGAGGACACCUGGACCACCUUCAUGAAGGCGAGGCUGAACUGCUCCCGCUCGGGGGAGAUCCCCUUCUACUACAACGAACUACAGAGCACCUUCCUCCUCCAGGAGCAGGACCUCAUCUAUGGCGUCUUCACCACCAAUGUAAAUAGCAUCGCUGCCUCAGCGGUUUGUGCCUUCAACCUCAGCGCAAUCACACAGGCCUUCAACGGUCCCUUCCGAUUCCAGGAGAACCCGCGCUCCACUUGGCUGCCCACGCUCAACCCCAUCCCCAACUUCCAGUGCGGGAUCUUGAACGAUGACAGCCCCAACGAGAACCUGACGGAGCGCAGCCUGCAGGACGCCCAGCGCCUCUUCCUGAUGAACGACGUGGUGCAGCCGGUGUCGGUGGACCCCUUGGUGACUCAGGACAACGUGAGAUUCUCCAAGCUGGUGGUGGACAUCGUACAAGGCAAAGACACGCUGUACCACGUCAUGUACAUCGGCACAGAGCACGGCACCAUCCUGAAAGCCUUGUCCACCGCCAACCGCAGCCUGCGCAGCUGCUACCUGGAGGAGAUGCACAUCUUACCCGGCGGGCAGCAGGAGCCGAUCCUCAGCCUGCAGAUCCUGCACAGCAACCGCUCCCUGUUUGUUGGAUUGAAUCACGGCGUUCUGAAGGUGCCGCUGGAGAGGUGCAGCAUGUACCGCACGGAGGGUACCUGCCUGGGGGCCCGGGACCCGUACUGCGGAUGGGACAGUAAGAAGAAGCGCUGCACCACCCUGGAGGACAGCUCCAAUAUGAGCCUCUGGUUCCAGAACAUCACCGAAUGCCCGGUCAGGAACCUGACGGUGAACGGCGGGCUGGGCGCCUGGUCGUCGUGGCAACCGUGCCAACAUUCCGACGGAGACUCCUCCUGCUUCUGUCGCUCCAGAAACUGCGACAACCCUCCGCCGCAGUGUGCCGGGAGAGACUGCGAGGGGCCGCGGAUAGAGAUCACCAACUGCUCCCGGAAUGGCGGCUGGACACCCUGGUCCUCCUGGGCGCAGUGCAGCACCUCCUGCGGUAUUGGAUUUCAGGUGCGGCAAAGGACGUGCAGCAACCCGGCUCCGCGGUUCGGAGGGAGAGUCUGCGUGGGGCAGAGCAGAGAAGAACGUUUCUGCAACGAGAACAACCCGUGUCCGGUCCCCAUCUUCUGGUCCUCUUGGGGCUCCUGGAGCAAGUGCAGCGCUGACUGCGGGGGCGGAGUCCACACCAGACAGCGGACCUGCGAGAACGGAAACACCUGCCCCGGCUGCGCCCAGGAAUUCAGGACGUGUAACCCUGAAGCAUGUCCUGAGGUACGGAGGAACACGCCUUGGACGCCCUGGAUGCCUGUCAACGUCACGCAGAGCGGAUCGCGCCAGGAACAGCGUUUCCGAUAUACCUGCAGAGCGCAACUGUCAGACCCCCACAUCCUGCAGUUCGGGAGGAAGAAGAUAGAGACCCGGUUCUGUGCCAACGACGGCCCGGUGUCCUGCGAGACGGACUCUCUGGUGGAUGAUCUCAUGCGGAAUGGCAAGAGUCCGGCUCGCGUAAUCAGCGGCGGCUGGAGCCCGUGGGGAGCCUGGUCCGUCUGUUCCCGAGAGUGUGAAUUGGGGUUCCGAUCCAGAAAACGGUUCUGCAACAAUCCAGAACCUCGGAACGGAGGACUUCCCUGCUCCGGAUCCGCCACCGAGUUCCAGGACUGCAACCCCCAACCCUGCCCAGUGAAGGGUUCCUGGUCCUGCUGGUCAUCCUGGACGCAGUGCUCUGCUACGUGCGGGGGAGGACAUUAUCAGCGCACCCGUACCUGCACCAACCCCACACCGUCCAACGGGGGCGACAUCUGCAUCGGACUGCACACUGAGGAGGCGCUCUGCAACACCUACCCCUGUGAAGGCGGCUGGGCGGAGUGGUCGGAAUGGAGCAUGUGUCACGAAGACGGGACGCAAUACCGCCAUCGCUAUUGCGACAUGCACAACCCGGGGCCCACGCAGUGUGUGGGGAACGGCACGCAGUACAGGGAGUGUAUCUACAACGAGAUCCCAGUGAUUCUGCCGGCCUCCAGCAUUGAUGAGAACAAAGAGUGUGCAGGUUUCAGCCUCAUCCAUCUGAUCGCCACCGGCGUCUCGUGUUUCUUCGGCUCCAGCCUGCUGACGUUCGUGAUCUACGUCUAUUGCCAGCGGUGUCAGAGGCAGUCGCAGGAGUCGACCGUCAUCCAUCCGGCGACCCCCAACCACCUCCACUACAAGGGCAGCUCCACGCCCAAGAACGAGAAAUACACUCCUAUGGAGUUCAAGACUCUCAAUAAGAACAAUUUGCUUCCAGACGACCGAACCAACUUUUACCCGCUGCAGCAAACCAACGUCUACACCACGACGUACUACCCCAGCACGCUGAGCAAAUACGACUUCCGACCCGACUCCUCCCCGGGCAGGACUUUCACCAACAGCUGAGGUUUGGUUCCCCCCACCCCCCCUUCCCGACGGAAAACCCACAACUUCUCGCUGAGGCUCCAUCUUCUCACCCCCACGACGUCUCACGCUCCAUAAAAACCGCGGCCCGGCUCCUUCCAACCAAAGGGGGACAAAGCUCUCAGAAUGGACCUGCUGAUCCAAGACUUUGGCGCGCCUGGAGGAACGCCUUCCCCACGCCUUCCUUACGCCUUCCCCCCCCACACACACACACCCCUCUCUAAGUUACACGCUCGGGUGAGGAGUAAAUUCCGAGGUCUUCUGGAUACUUGAAAAGCGAGCAAGAUGCUUAAAAAAAAAAACAUCGGAACGCAAAGAUUGAUUUUUUUUGAUUUGUGGAAUCGUUUGACGCGUUCGCGCUUGAGUGUUUUUUCUUGGAAGCGGAG